AGAGCAUAUUUUCAGAUUCACCGAUUUACGUAAAAUGAAAGUCUUUAUAGCAUUUGAUGGUCUUUGCGAACCCUUUGACAUUCCUCGGGGCCAAACUGUCAAGAAAGUCAAACAGAUGCUAAAGGACUAUUUUCACAUCCAGCUGUCAGAUGACAAGCAGGGGAGGAGGUUUUUGGAGCUUAUAUAUGCAGGAGGGGUGCUAAGAGAUGAGUGGGUCCUAACAGAUGCUGGGAUUACUCUUUGCUCCACCAUUAAGUGCAUUGUGAAGGAGGAAGAAAAGCCAGCUCUGUAUGUAUACAAUGCGGUUACCAAAGAGAGAGUCCCAAUAACAGGGAAUAGUCAUCUUCUUGCUGCAACGAUCGCAAAGCUCAAGACUCUGUUGUCUCUGAAAUGCGGAUUUCCCGUCAGUGUUUUCUGUCUGAGGACAUUAGAAGGAAAAGAAAUGUAUGACUGUAACACCCUGAGUGACUACCGUCUGGAUCUAGGUGGCACAGUGAGAAUGGAUGUCUGGGAUGGCUGGAACGAACUUCUUGCUGCAUGCGUGCUUGGACACACACAAAAUGUCCAGCGUUACCUAUCAAAGCAUAAAACUAUACUCAGGUUUCAGCAGCGAGUAGCGCUUUACAUAGCUGCACAUUUUGGCCAUCUGGAUCUUGCAGAAUGGCUACAAAGAAAAGGCACGAGAGCAGAUGAGGCAGUUGGGGUUCAUCCAUAUAGAGAAUGGUGCCGUGAUACUGACCAUCCCGAUAAUGAAAAAUGUGCAGUUCAUGCUGCUGCCGAAAGAGGUCAGCUUCUUCUGAUCAAAUCAUUCAUUGCACGGAAUGUAUUGUGUUUGGAGUGUCAAAACGGACUGGGUCAGACACCGUUCAAGGUAUGCAUCCAGAAUAGACAUAAAGACUGCCUUCUGUAUUUCAUAAUGAAAACGUGGUCUGUUGUCUCCUUUCCAAAAGUCUCUCUUCCCAUGAACAUCUACAUCAAAGUUAAAAAAUGGCUAUACACAGCCCAGAAAAAAGUCUACAAGGAUAAAAAAAGGCUUCCACAAUUUAAAACUCGCGUUGGGGACCCCGUUGUAGUUGAUGGUUUCACAGAACCCAAGAUGACCAGCAGAGAUUUACAUGGAAUUUAUAAGGACAAAUGGAGAAGGGCUGUGCAGAAUUCUCAAGCACACAGCAGUCAAGCAAUUGUCGAUGCAGUAUUAAAAUUGCGUCCUCUGACAUUGAAGCAGUGGCCCAAAAAAUUAUCCAGAUUUCCAUUACUAAAGCAAAUAGGAGAGAAUCCCGUCGACACAAAAUGUCAAUCUGCAUGGGAAUCUCUGGAUAUUAACGAUGUGUAUACCCGUAGCUGGCAUCCUCAUAUCUCACUUCCACCCAUCACAAAUGCCAGCAACAGCCGUCCACGUCACUUAAGGACUCCCCAAGCUGCUUUUUUGCUGAAUUCAUCUAUGGAGUCCUUUUCAAAAUACAGUGGUCGGACACUAAGACAGAAUGCAGUAUACCUCUUAAGCCUUGCAAGUGAGUUUAAAGAAAAGCCUUGGCUCCAGCAGCUGGACAUGGCAAGGAGGCUAGCCAGAAAAUCAGUGCACAACGUGUAAAGAUCUGCAAGAUCCUAUACAGAGGACAGCAAUACUGACCAGUCAUGCUCAUCUUUUCUUGCUGUUUGUAGAUAUUACUGCUCAUCUGUGUAUUACUUUUCUGCUUUUGUUCCAUAUCCAGGUAAUGCAGAUUACAAUAUGUAUCCUACAUAAUGUUAAAAUGGUUGACCAUUAUUU